UUGGUAAAGUUGAAGAAGUUAGCGUUAGGCGGGCGGCGCGGCAGACUGGCUCGCGCCUCCGCCCAAGCCACACCGCGACCGCGCCAUGCGACUCCACGGCAUGCGAUCGCAACUACACGACUAACAAUGAAAUCACCAUCACCAUAAUCUAACAACUGUGAGGCUGGCAAGCAAUAUAAUAUAAUCAGCGUAAUUUAAAAGUUUCCAAAUAGUUUUUAGAAGUUUCAAGUAUUUCUUACGUGUUUAGUAUUAUUGUGCUUUAUCGACUAGAUAUAUAUUUAAAGAUGCACGGCAAAGAAUCCCUACUGCACAUGAUGAUGAAUCAAGUGCUAAUACCAUUGCUUCUUCUUGCGACGGCGGCGUUCUCUUCGAGUAAUGUACUUCCAAUGCUGUCCACAAAUCACUUGCAGCGCCAACCAUUCGGUUUAAAGAGCCAAAAUAUUGACAAUAUAUUUAGUAAUAGACAAGAUAGUAGAAGUAUACUUAACAGCAUAUUGUACGAAAUACCAAGUGAAACACCAGAAAAUGGAAAAUUAAAAAGCAUUAUGUACAAUACUAUUGCAGACAAUAAUCAAGCAGAAUAUUACAAUGCUAUCAUUAAAAAUGACAAGUACAACGGAAAAGGAUUUAGAAAAGAACAAUGGCACAACUACCCGCGGCAACUUGACCGACUUCACAAUUACUUUUAUGAACCGUAUAACGUCGAUAAAAGAAAUCUGGACCCUGAUGACCCUGAUGAUAAUAAUGAGCAAAAUAUUCAAUACAGAAAUAUUAAUGAUAUAACCAACGAAUUUCGUGUAGACUCCGACGACGACUCACACAACAUAUACGAUGCGUUUGUAGCAACCACUAACCCUUUACUAAUCUUUAAAAUAAGACUAGCAUGUCUGAGUAAUAACAUUGCAAAUACAGAUACGAACCAAUAUCUCAACGAUUAUCCUUUGACAUUGGAGGAUGUCGCAAAUGAAUUGAAAGAAGAAAACGAAAAUUAUGAAAAAGAUAAUGAAGAAAUGAAGAAUUUAAAUGAAGAAAACCCCAUGUUCGAUGUAGUUAAGGUUAAACGAAAGACUUCAGAUGCAACUAAUGACAACAAAUUGGGAAAAACUCAACUGGCAGGAAACAAAGCGGUAUCAAAACGAAUAUUCUCGUUGUGGAGUCGACUUCAAAGCUUGAAUCACAAAGGGCAUGAGCUGUUCCACAGGCGUCAUCUACAUGCAUUCUACGGGAUGCCGGACAGCGAUGGUAGUGGUGUACUCACGGCUGAGACCAGAGCAACACUGAUGCGACCACCAGGCUCUCCUCUAAGAUGGGGUUGAACGAAAAUGUAGUAUUUGCUUGGUUCAGUUCAAUAUUCCUUUCGCAUAGAAUAAAGUCUCGUGGUAGAUGAAUAAAAGAAUAUAUAAAAUUAAAUUACUUUACAUGUCAAGUCUUCUGAACAUGUGUAAUUUUUUUAAUGAAAUAAUUAUCGCAAUUAGUAAAAAAGAGGCUUUGGCGAUAAAUAAAUACUCGUAUAAUAAGCAAAAAUUGUUUUUGAUUAAAAUAGAUUAUUCGCCUCGUUGAUUUUCUUGUGGCCUAUGGUAAGGCUCUGGGUGCAUUCCGAAAAUUUGACAAUUGUAAACUUAUUGCGUACCUAUACUAGUUGGAAACUCACUUGAGUUACCCAGAUUUUAAAUAUGCGCUUGAUUGGAGCUAUAUCCAUGCCACAAAAGCCUAUCCUCUUGUAAAAUAAAAUUUAAUUCGAUUUUAAAAUGAAAUGUAACCAUGUAGGUAUUACGAAGUAUGAAAAUAGAUUAUUGUUUUCGGGCAUUACUACAUACUACAUACUCUCUAAACUAUAAACAUAAACUGAAAUUAGAUUAAGGUAUACCUACUAGUACUUUAUUAGUGGGAUUGUAUGCUUUCGCUUUCCAACAAUAUUCUACGUAAAAUUUAUUGUAUUUACGUUAUAGUAGAAAUUAUCUUAAAGACAAUAAUAAUAUAUAAAUUAAAAUCAAGGGUACCAUUAAAUCAAAAAAUAUAUAUUGUUAAAUCAUUUUAACAACUAAAAUUCGUUUUUUCUUAAAAUUUCAACAGUACCGAUCAGUGAGCAGGAAUCUGCAACGUGUAAAGUAAAAACGAGUCCAAAAUAUCUUUAACGCCUUUAAAUUUUUUUAGUGCCCUUACGCUUAUAUUAAAGAGUGAGAACUUUGUCAUCCUCCUUUAAAUACAAAUAUAAUAAAGUUAUAUAAUGAAGUGAAAUAUUAAUCACAACCAACUACUUUGUUUUAGUAGUUUUUAAUGUUUUAAAACGAAUUACUUAAUUGUAGUUAUAAUGCCCUCCGGAUUAACAUUGCACAAAUUAUAAUUUAUCAUAUACAAAUGUUUUAAGUAUAGGAAAAGGUGUUUCAUUACAAAAAAUACAUGCGCCACAUAUGUAUGUCAUAAAUUUAAAAACUAUAUAAUAUUUCUGUUCCGAAGUAUCAAAUCUAUAAGUAUUAUUCGUGAACAGUUAUAAGGAAAGAAAACAUAUUUUUGCAGACCAGUUUUAUUAUCUAACUAGUGUGAAAACAGAGUGAAAUACCUACUAUGUAUUUGGUAACACUACCUACAUAAGAAAAAACGAAUUAUAGAUUACAACCGACUAUUUUUAUUCAACAAUAUAAGAUAUUACGUAGUGUAGUAGGUAAACAAAGCAGUUUAGUAGUGUGAUUCAUUUCAUAAUUUAUUAGUAUUGUAAGUUCUCGACUGUGAAAAAUAUUUACUUUUAUUUCUUAAUGCAUUUGUAUUUUGAUGCGUAAUGUUUAGCAUAUUUUCUAUUACCGACCUGUUAGAAUACCGUACUAUAUAAAUUAUUCUUCCAACGUGUCUGUAAUGAUUCCGUAUAUUAAAUAUCAGAGUAAUUUUAAAGAAAUACGUAUAUUGUCUCUAUAUAUGUAAAUAAAUACCAUGUAUAA